AUGCUUGAACAGCUGUUCGUGGCCGCAGACGUCCGCUUCGAACAUCACCCUGAUGGCUUUGGGAUAGGAACUGGCCUUCCACGCAUAUCAUGGCGAUACUCGUCAGACGGUUCUGGUCCGCGCGGCAACUGGCUCCAGAGAAGCUACAUCUCCGAGGUGCAACGCCUCGUGUCCAAGGCUGGCGGCUGGGAGCUGGACGGUCCCCUCCGUACCCAUGUCGUCUCGGACCAGACCAUCAUGGCCCCGUGGUGUGGCCCAGAGCUGCAAUCGAGACAGAUGGCUCUGGUCCGUGUCAUAGGCGCCAACACGGCCAGUGACUUCUCACCUGCAGACGAGCGCCGCUUGGAACAGAUCUUCUCCUCGCCGACGACGCUGGACCUCGCCGAGAUGAUGCGGCGCUGGACUGCCCGUUUUGACAACCAGGAACACGCCGCAACAGCUUUCAGCGGCUGGACGCCCGUUGAGGUGGGUCUGUUGAAAGCCUCCGACUGGAAGGCCAGGUUCAUCACCUCGACCGACCCGCCGCCCCAGGACGACAGCACCCCUCAUCACCCUAUGGUCUACCUCAAGGACUUCCACUGCGACCUCGGCGACGAUUACACCCAUGCGAGGCUCUACAUCUCCGCCCUCGGCCUGUAUGAGGUCUACAUCAACGGCCAGCGUGUUGGUGAUCAGCACAUGACGCCUGGCUGGACGAGCUACCACCACCGCCUGCAGUACCAGACUUAUGACCUGACCAGCCUGGUCCACUCGGGCAACAACACCAUCGCUGUUGAGGUGGCUGAGGGCUGGUAUGCAGGGCGGCUCCUCUGGGUGCCAGGCCUGCGCAACUUGUACGGCGACACGCCCGCCUUCAUCGCACAGAUCGAGAUUCACAGGGACGGCGGGUCCAUCGAGCAGAUCGUCUCAGACGAGUCGUGGGUCUGCCGCACCUCGCCCAGGCAGGCUGCCUCCAUCUACGACGGCGAGGUGUACGAUGCGCGCGCCUACAUGAGCCCGCCCGGAGGGGGUGACCACCGUCGCCGCCGCAGCAGCAGCAGCAGCAGCAGCAACUGGAAGAAGACGCGCGUGCUCGACUUUGACUUUGACGAGGUCCAGCUGGUGAGCACCGACGCCCCGCCCGUCGCCAUCACCCAGCACGUCAGCCCCACCAGGGUGUUCAAGAGCCCCAGCGGUAAGACCCUCGUGGACUUUGGGCAGAACCUCGUGGGCAGAGUCGAGGUUCGGGGUCUGCAGAGGCCAGAGGGCCACACUCUCACCAUCAGGCACGCCGAGGUCCUCGAGCACGACGAGCUCUGCACCAGGCCCCUCAGGGACGCCAAGGCCGUCGACACCUACAUCUUCUCGGGCGCAGAGGACCCAGACAGGAUGUGCCACGUGCCCGCCUUCACCUUUCACGGGUUUCGCUACAUCGAGCUGGACGGCUGGUCCCUCGACGACGACGACGGGCCCCCCUCGGCGCAGAACAUCACCGCCCUGGUCGUCGGCUCGCACAUGCCGCGCACGGGCUACUUUAGCUGCUCCGACGACAUGGUCAACAAGCUGCACCAGAACGUCAGCUGGGGCAUGCGCGGCAACUUCUUGUCUGUGCCGACGGACUGCCCUCAGCGCGACGAGCGCCUGGGCUGGACCGGCGACAUCCAGGCUUUCGCACCCACAGCGCUGUUCCUGUACUCAUCGGUCGGGUUCCUGUCCAACUGGCUCAUCGACCUCUCGAUCGACCAGGCGACGGCAGGCGGGUGCGUGCCCGUCGUGAUUCCCGACGUCCUGCGCGGCAGGUCAGCGCCCAACGACGAACCGGUUGCGGUGUGGGAUGACGCGGCUAUCCUGGUGCCGUGGGCGGUGUAUCGGUGGUCUGGCGACGUCGGGGUGCUGCACAGGCAGCUGGCCAGCAUGAAGGCACACCUGCACGGAUCAAUCCGCCGCGGGGCCGAUGGGCUGUGGGACGACUCGCUCUUCCAGUUCGGCGACUGGCUCGACCCCAACGCGCCGCCGGACCAGGCCGACCUCGCCCGCACAGACGGCACCCUCGUCGCGGACGCCUACCUAGUGCACGUCACAGACGUGAUGGCGCACGUGUCGGUGGCCCUAGGCAACGCGGCAGACGCGAGGAGCUACCAGGCCGAGUUUGAAAGGCUCAAGACGGCGUUCGCGGACAAGUACAUCUCCAAAAAGGGCUUGGUGGUGAGCGACUCGCAGACGGGCCUGUCGCUGGUCAUCUCGUUCGGGCUCCUCGCCGACAAGGCGCAGCUCAGGGCAGCAGGAGACCGCCUGGAGAGGCUGGUGCGGCAGUCCAAAUUCAAGGUGUCGACAGGGUUCGCGGGCACGCCGCUGGUGCUGCAUGCGCUGACGCGGACAGGCCAUGUGGACCUGGCGUACGAGAUGCUCCUCUGCAAGGACUGCCCGUCGUGGCUGUACCCGGUGACGAUGGGAGCGACUACGAUCUGGGAGCGGUGGGACAGCAUGCUCCCCGAUGGGACGGUCAACCCGGGCUCCAUGACGAGCUUUAACCACUACGCGCUGGGCAGCGUGGCAGACUGGCUGCACACGGUGGUCGGCGGCAUUCAACCGCUGGAGGCCGGGUGGAAGACGUUCAUGGUCCGGCCGAGGCUCGGCGGAAGUGAUAAGUUGACGAGGUGCGAGGUUGCCUUCGACAGCCCGUAUGGGAAAGUGGGCUGCAGCUGGUCUGUCGAGGAAGAGGGCAAGGGCGAGGAGGCGGAAGAGGAGACCAAGGAGAGGGCGAGGGCGAGGACGAGGACGAGGGCAGAAGCGGCGGUGGUGGGUGGCGACAGGCUGUUCAAGAUGAAGGUGCAAAUACCGCCCAACUGCAGGGCGCUGGUGGUGUUGCCGGGCCAGGAGGAGAACCAGGGCGAGUGGAAGGGCUGUGGAAGGUACGAGAUUGGAUGUGAGCUGAAGUGA